UUUUAAAUUUAGGAAAACUGUUGAUAACUUAAGUAUCCUGAUAAUAAUGCAUUAAAGCAAACAAAUUAUUUCUUGAUUAUUGGUUGUCGUUUUAUUUCCUCUUUAGUUUCUCCGACUCGCAGACCUUCUGCGUAGCUACUAAGCGAAAAAAACAGACAUUUUAACAGUAACCUAAAGCCCACACAAAAAAAAAAUGGCGGAGCCAAAAAUCAAAUACGAUCGCCAACUCAGGAUUUGGGGUGAGCAAGGGCAGGCAGCACUAGAGAAAGCCAGCAUAUGCUUACUUAAUUGUGGUCCAACGGGUUCCGAGACGUUAAAAAAUCUUGUUCUUGGUGGGGUCGGAUCUAUCACAGUGAUCGAUGGCACUAGAGUUGAAAUUGGCGAUCUUGGGAAUAAUUUCAUGGUGGAUGAAUCAAGUGUUGGGCAAUCAAAAGCAAAAUGUGUGUGUGCAUUUCUUCAAGAGCUUAACGAUGCUGUUAGAGCCAAGUUUAUUGAAGAGCUUCCUCAAACACUAAUUGAGACUAAUCCAUCUUUUUUUGCCCAGUUUACUUUGGUUGUAGCCACUCAGCUGAUGGAAGAUUCAAUGGUAAAGCUUGACAAAAUUUGUGGGGAGGCAAACGUAAUGUUGAUAUUUGCACGCUCCUAUGGCCUUACUGGAUUUGUUAGAAUCAGUGUGAAGGAGCAUACAAUUAUAGAGUCAAAACCUGAUCAUUUUCUUGACGAUCUUCGAUUAAAUAACCCUUGGCCUGAGCUCAAAAGUUUUGCAGAAACCAUCGAUUUAAAUGUGGCAGAUCCAGUUGCUCAUAAGCACACGCCUUAUGUUAUUAUUCUUGUUAAGAUGGCUGAUGAAUGGGCUAAAGCUCAUGGUGGCAGCCUUCCAUCAACCAGGGAAGAGAAAAAACAGUUCAAGGAGCUUCUGAAAACUGGGAUGAUUGCAAUGGAUGAAGACAACUAUAAAGAAGCAACUGACGCCGCUUUCAAAGUCUUUGCUCCUAGAGGAAUUAGUCCAGAACUACAGCAGAUAAUUAAUGAUAGCUGUACAGACUUUGAUUCUAAUUCAUCGGAGUUCUGGGUGAUGAUGGCUGCUUUAAAGGAAUUUAUUUUGCAUGAAGGUGGCGGGGAGGCACCUCUUGAGGGUUCAAUACCAGACAUGACAUCUUCAACUGAGCUUUAUAUAAAUUUGCAGAAGAUUUACCAAGCAAAAGCUGAGGCAGAUUUUCUUGCUAUUGAGAAACGAGUUAGGAGUAUAUUGAAGAAAAUAGGAAGAGAUCCUAACAGCAUAUCAAAGGCAAUGAUAAAAAGCUUCUGCAAGAAUGCUAGAAAACUAAAGGUGUGCAGGUAUCGCCAUAUUGAAGAUGAGUUCAACAAUCCUUCCCUACCACAGUUGCAGAAGUAUUUAACGGAUGAGGAUUACAGUAUUGCGAUGGGGUUUUAUAUCCUGCUUCGAGCUGCUGAUAGAUUCGCUGCUAAUUAUAACAGUUUUCCCGGGCAAUUUGACGGGGCAAUGGACGAAGAUAUUUCUCGUUUAAAAACUACAGCCGUUAGUCUACUUAGCGACUUGGGAUGCAAUGGAACACCCUUAACCGAGGACCUUAUCAAUGAAAUGUGCAGAUUUGGUGCUUCAGAGCUCCAUGCGGUGGCUGCCUUGAUUGGCGGAGUUGCAUCUCAAGAAGUUAUCAAGCUCAUAACAAGACAGUUUGUUCCCAUUUCUGGGACCUUCAUAUUCAACGGCAUUGAUCACAAGUCUCAAUUGUUGGCAUUGUAGAAUGCAUCAAAAGUAAGUUCCAUGUUUCUCUGAAAGCAACUACUGAACAAUCAUAGUUUCUUUUUUCGAUAUCUACCCUUGUAGAUCCUUUUUUUUAACUGGACAGAGCAGCGAACAGUUGCAGGUAUUAUUACAUCACCUGGUUGAGGCGUUUGUCACAUUAUUGAAAGGCGCAGGUUACUUAUGCUCUGCAAUGUAGAAAGUGUUUGCGAUUUAGUCAUUGAUUCUAGAUUCGGUAAAUUAAAAAUUAAACUAGUGAAAAAAAAAAACAAUGAGGUGGUUGUCACCUUUUUUUGUAUUGGCUUAUAUUCCUGUUUUUUUUUUAAUAUUAUUUUCUUUACAUGUGUCUUGGGAGAUCUGGACGCUUUUGGGAGACUCGAUCCCAAGACUAUAUUUCACUUGAACAGUUCAUGCUAAACCUCCUCAGUAACCAGAGACAUGCUACAUCUUUUUUAUAUUGUUUUUAUAACAAAUUGCAUUUUUCAUUU